CUGUCAGGGGAUGAGCGACAUCGUGGGACUCCUCCUGGUGUUCCUGGGUGAGGAAGACGCCUUCUGGGCCCUGGCCCAGCUGAUGAGCUUGAGACCCACGCCAUGCACGGGUUCUUCGCUCCGGGAUUCCCAAAGCUGGCCCGUUUCCAGCGGCAUCAUGACAGCAUCAUGGAGAAGGAGCUCAGAGGCCUGAGGAAACACCUGGCGAGUAGACGCUCCCCGGAGGCCCUGCCCUCACGGCCCGGGGCAGGGGACGAGCAAGGGCUGAGCGCGGGGCUGUACACCACCAAGUGGUUUCUGCAAUGUUUCAUCGGCCGGACCCCCUUCGUGCUCACCCUGACGCUAUGGGACGCCUACAUGCUGGACGGAGCGUGCGUCCUCACAGCUAUGGCCUACACCGUCCUCAGGCUGCACCGCAGUACGGGACCCCGCGGGAGCCCAGGGGUGCCCCAUGCAGGUGUGGGGGGCCAGGGAGAUGGCCCACUGCUCCCGGGGGCGAGGAGCAGGCAGGCCUCGGUGGAGGGACACUGGCUGGCCGGUGGCUUGGGGGCCCCCCUGCAGAGGAGCAGCGGCCAUGGGGCCUCUCCUGCCGGCUCUGCCCGCGGUGCUCCUGGGAACAGCGGGACGCCCAACCGCUGUCCCGGGCAGGAUCCUGGGACAGUGGGGAGGCGCCCCUCUGCUCUGACUCACACCCAUUGCCCAGAACGCCUCCUGAAGCUGCCCCUGGAAGGGCUGCAGGGCUUCCUUCAAGACACCCUGGCCCAGCCCUGGGCCCUGGAGGAUGAGGCCGUCCUCGGACACCUUCGGGCCUCCAUGGCCCAUCUCCACCGGAGGAAGUGCGACCUGCCCCCGCCAGGAGGAGGCCAGAGACACCAGAGCGCAGGACUCCAGCGAUCACCUGGCAGCCAUGGUGCACUGGCCGAGGCCAGGCAGACCAUGUCGGGACCCUGUCCGGGAACCCCGACGCUGCUCAGGUCAGCAUCCUAGCACCCGCCUCUCAAGACCCCAAGCUCGGGAAACGUGUCGACACCCGCAGUCAGCACAAGUGGAGGCGACAAGUGGGGGACGCUAGCGCCCAGGCCUCCGUGCGAUUUCCCCCUUCCCCUGAAGGAGAAGCAGGUCUCCGUCCCCAGGGGAAGACUCGCACCCUUGGUUCUGAGCCCCUGUUGACUGCUGACAUUCAUUAAAGUGUUGUUGAGGUCGAACGCAAAGCCGGCCUGACGUGUGAAGCCCAGACUCUCUGCGAGACGCGCCACACAGACGCCCAGACAGAACAGGGUGGCUCGGCCCAGGCCGCCUCCCCAGUCCCCGCAGGGCUCCCCGCAGAGGGGCCUCCAGGCAGACAACGCGGAGGGACCCAGGGCCCUUCCCCUCUCGGCCUGACGCCAGCGUCCAGACCCUGAAAUUAUGGACUGAGACCGAGCCUGUGCCCAAAGGGCCAGGACGGGGCUGGCAGCAGAGUGACAGGCGGGUGCCGCUGGCCUCAGGUCGCCACAGUCUGUGCAGAGCUCGUCCUUCUUCCCUCUGCCCGCCCAGGCUCCCACCCAAGGGGCGCCGGGCCCUGCUCCCUCCGCAGCCUCAGGCCUGCGCCCACCAGGCAGCUCGCUCCUCGGGAGGUGCCCCCCCCAUACACACACAGGGCGGGCCCGGGGUCUGGCUCCCGGCUUGAACACCCGUGUCCCACUCCCGUCCGACCUACCGACCUUGUCCCCACAAGCCCACGAAAGAGACAGGGCCAACAAGGGCCCACGGGGCUCUCUGGGGACCUUGGGACCAGGGCCCCAAGGUCGCUGCUCGGGUCUAUCCAGAGAGAUUCCCCUCUCCCUGGAGCUGGGUCAGCCCAGACCCUGAGCCCCGCGCUUCUCGACCACUCUGCUGUCCGGGGACACCUACAGCGCUAGGGGCCGCUGGGUCCCGGGGGUCCCAGGGGUCCCGGAGUGUCAGAGAGGGUUCUGUGGCUAGAGUCAGAGCCAGUGUGGCUGCCCUGUGUGGGAGGAGAGGGGGCAGGGAGCCCUGCUUGCUGGCAGGGGUGGGGCGGGGCGGGGACAGUCCCUGGCUCGCAGUGUGCUUUACAGCUGGCUCACCUGGCCCACCUUGGUCAAGAUCUCCAUGCAGGGGACGCCACAGCUCUAGGUGAGGUCUGGUCCUACCGUAAUUUUUUUUUUUUUUUUUGAUGGGGUCUUUGUACAGUUUGGUGAU